AUGAAGGACAUUGAAGGUUAUAAAAUAUGUAGCCUCUCAUCCAAGAAACUCUUGGAUUGUGGAUUCAAAUUUAAGUAUGGCCUUGGAGACAUGUUUGAUGCAGCCAUCCAAUCCUGCAAGGAGAAGGGAUAUUUUCGGAAAGAAUACCCGAGUGAGUAA